AUGUACAUGGUCAAAAUUGGAGCUGAAGUUCAGAGUGAAAUUGAACGGAUUUUUGAAUUAGCAAGGACGCUGCAGUUGGUAGUGCUUGAUGCUGAUACCAUUAACCACCCAGCUCAACUAAGCAAAACCUCUCUGGCUCCAAUUAUAGUAUACGUAAAGAUUUCUUCUCCUAAGGUUUUACAGAGGUUAAUAAAAUCUCGAGGGAAAUCUCAGGCCAAACACCUUAAUGUUCAGAUGGUGGCAGCUGAUAAACUGGCACAGUGUCCUCCUGAAAUGUUCGAUGUAAUUCUUGAUGAGAACCAGCUUGAAGAUGCUUGUGAGCACCUUGCUGACUAUCUGGAAGCCUACUGGAAGGCCACACAUCCACCUAGCAGCAAUCCUCCUAACCAGCUUCUCACUCGCACACUUGCAACAGCCACUCUUCCUAUUAGCGUAGGUCCAAAUAUUAAUUUACAGCAGGGAUCUCAAGGAGACCAGAGGAAUGACCAUUCAGUCCCUGAACGCAGCGGUUCACAAAUCGAAGAGGAAGCACGGGUUGAACCCAUCAAGAAAUCCCAGCAUCGCUCUUCCUCAAGCCAGCACCACAACCAUCGCAGUGGUGUUAGAGGCCUUUCUAGGCAAGAAACUUUUGACUCAGAAACACAAGACAGCAGAGAUUCGGCCUACGUAGAGCCAAAGGAGGACUACUCACAUGAGCACGGUGACCACUAUGAUUCUCACAGGGAUCACAAUCAUAGAGACGAGUCCCACGGGAGCAGUGAUCACAGACAUAGAGAAUCAAGGCAUCGCUCAAAGGAGAGGGACCGCGAGCAGGACCACAAUGAAUGCAACAAACAGCAUAGUCGUCAUAAAUCAAGGGACCAAUAUUGUGACAAGGAUGGGGAAGUGAUAUCGAAAAAAAGAAACGACACAGGAGGAUGGAACAGGGAUGUUUACAUCCGUCAGUAACUUUUGCCUCUGGCAGUCUUGUGUUUCUCUGAAGUCUUGUAACAAUGUCCCCUGAAAAUAUCUUUGGGUUCUUCACUGCAGAACGUAUGGUAUCUUUCUGUAUGCCGAUUUGUACUGCUGUUGCUUGCAUAGCAAUAGCAUGAAAUAGAAUAUUCAUAUACUUAUUUUUUUGGUUAGUGCUAUAUGAAUUAGCGUAGUACAACUGCAGGGUUCCUGAUGUUGUACUAUGCCAUUUUUCAAGCUGUUUUUUGGUAGCUGCCACUUGAACAAUAUCUGUUGCCAUCAAGGUGUUGUUAGUGUUUUUUAAGACAAGGUACAUUUGAUGUUUAAUAACUUCCCAUGUAUUCGGCAAGCCAGAAUCAGCACAUAAAAAAAACCCUA